AUGGACCCGUCCAACAGCAUCCCCCCGCCCCUGUCGCAGGGGUGGGGUUACGGCGUGGUGCUCGGUUUCGGCUUCGCGUUCGCGGCGGCCAUGAUCUGGAUCACGCGCCUCCUGCGCGUCUACAAUGGCGAAGACAAUAGCCACUUCGAGACCUACUCCACCGCCGGAAGAAAAAUCGGGACGGGCCUCACCGCCACCGCCGUCUUCAGCUCCUGGGCAUGGUCAACCGCUCUCCUCAGCUCGACGGUCGUCACCUUCACAUACGGGUUGUCGGGGGCUUACUGGUUUGCCGCAGGCUGCCUCGUACAGAUAUCGAUGUUUGCGCUGCUCGCGAUCCAGUCGAAGCUCAAGACGCCGCACGCCCAUACGAUCCUCGAGGUCGUCAAGGCGCGCUAUGGGACGGCGGCCCACUGGAUCUACAUGUUCUUCUGCCUGGCCAACAACCUGAUCGCCGUGUCCAACAUGCUGCUGGGCGCCUCGGCCACGAUUGCCGCGCUGACGGGCAUGCACACGGUGGCGGCCGUCUUUCUGCUGCCCGUCGGCGUCUGCCUCUACACGAUCUCGGGCGGGCUCAAGGCGACGUUCCUCACCGACUGGAUGCACUCGGUGGCGCUCCUCAUCAUCGUCCUCUACCUCGUGCUCAAGACCAUCACCAACGACGCCAUCCAGUCGCCCGCCCACCUGUGGGACCUCGUCUCGCUCGCCAACGCCGCCAGCCCCAUCAGCGGCAACCACAACGGAAGCUACCUCACCAUGACGUCCAAGGGCGCCGUCGAGUUUGGCAUCCUCCAUACCCUGGGCAACUUUGGCCUCGUCGUCAUGGACUCGUCGUACUGGCAAAAGGCUUACUCUGCCGACAUCGCUGCCGCCGUGCCCGGCUACAUCCUCGGCGGCGUCCUCUACUUUGGCCUGCCCUGGUGCAUCGGAACCACCAUGGGACUCGCCGGCGUGGGGCUGCAGGCUUCCAACAACCCCAUCUGGCCCGCCGUGGGCCGGGCCCUGUCGACCGACGAGCAGAACAACGGCCUGCCGCUCGCCUACGCCGCGCUGGCGACGGCGGGCAAGGGCGGGGCGGUGGCCGUCGUCGUCCUCAUCUUUAUGGCCGUCACCUCGACGACGUCGGCGCAGCUCAUCGCCGUCAGCUCGAUUGUCUCGUCCGACGUCUACCACAGCUACGUCCGCCGCAACGCCACCGACGCCCAGGUGAUCCGCGUCUCGCACCUCGCCUGCGUCGGCUUCGCCCUGUUCGCGUCGGCGUUUAGCGUCAUGCUCUACUACGUCGGCAUCUCGCUCACCUGGACCCUCUACUUCCUCGGCAUCAUCACGUGCCCGGCCAUGGUCACGCUGCCGCUCACGGUGCUGUGGAAGAGGCAGACGUGGGCGGCGGCCGUCGUCUCGCCCAUCGCCGGCAUCCUGGCCGGCCUGGCCGUCUGGCUCGCCACGGCCCAGGCCUACGGCAACGGCGUGCUCGACGUCACGACGACGGGCGAGCUGCUGCCCUGCCUGUUCGCCGAGAUCCGCCUGAUCCAGGACGACACGUCGUCGACGUCGUCGAUCAAGGAGUCCGAGGCAGAGGGCGCCUUCACCCCGUCCCAGCUCAGCUUUAUGCGCAGGCAGUCGGUCGUCGCCGCCGUCGUGGGCGCCCUCCUCUUCCUCGCCGUUUGGAUCCUCUGGCCCUUUAUCAUGUACGGCGCCCGGUACGACUUCAGCCGCCCCUUUUUCACCGGCUGGGUCGUCGUCAGCAUCAUCUGGGCCUUCGCCGCCCUCCUCAUCUUCACCUUCCUGCCGCUGUGGGAGGGCAGGCACCUCAUCGCCAAGAUCCUCUCCGGCCUGCUCGGCAAGAAGGGCGACCAGGGACAGCGCGAGGGGAUCGACGAGAAACAGAUCCAGCAGACGCCGCAGGGACAAGAGCAGAUUCUCGAGCAGAGGAGGCCCUCGGACCGCACCGUGGGCGGCGACACCCUCAGCAGCGAAGAUGCCAAGGGCGUCAGGCAGGCCGUCGAGACGGCCUAG